CAGAAAAUUCCUCCUCCUGAUUGGCUGAUCGGUUGUCAAGAGUGUUUACAGGAAACAUGGCUUCCCGGUCUGUUGGAGAGCUUCAAGAGAUGGAAGUGGACAGAAAGGGUGAGUCUGAAGAGUCUGGUGAUGAUGAGACCAAGAGGAGGAGUAUCAAUGGCAACGUGGACCCCAAUCAGCCCGCUACCACAGGUAAAGAAGAGUCUCCUGUUGACAUGGACACCAUAACCUUGGAUCCAGAGGAAGAGGAUGUUGAUCUUGUUCAUUGUCGUAUUGGAAAGAUUGAAGGUUUGGAGGUCCUACAGAAGUGUAAAACACUGUCCUUAAGACAGAAUCUUAUUAAAAAGAUAGAAAACCUUGACAGUCUGAGCUCACUGCGGGAACUAGAUCUCUAUGACAAUCAGAUCCGUAAACUGGAGAACCUGCAAAACCUUAAAGAGAUUGAGCAGCUUGACGUCUCAUUCAAUAUGUUGAGGAAGGUGGAGGGUUUGGAGCAGCUAACACGGCUGAAGAAACUUUUUCUGCUACAUAACAAAAUUGGCAACAUUGCCAACCUGGAUCACCUCACAGGCCUAGACAUGCUGGAGCUAGGCUCAAAUCGCAUCCGGGUCUUAGAGAACCUGGAUACCCUUUCAUCACUGCAGAGUUUGUUUCUUGGCACCAACAAAAUAACUACCCUUCAGAAUCUGGAUGGUUUGCACAAUCUGACAGUUUUAAGCAUUCAGAGUAACCGGAUUACUAAAAUUGAGGGCCUACAGAAUCUGGUCAGCCUGAGAGAGCUCUAUCUGAGCCACAAUGGCAUUGAGGUCAUUGAGGGAUUGGAAAAUAAUAAAAAGCUUACAACCCUGGACAUUGCUGCCAAUCGAGUAAAGAAAAUUGAAAACAUCAGCCAUCUGACAGACCUUCAGGAGUUCUGGAUGAACGAUAAUCAGAUAGAUAACUGGUCAGAUCUCGAUGAGUUAAAGAAUGCCAAGUCUCUGGAGACGGUCUACCUUGAAAGAAACCCUGUACAAAAGGACCCUCAGUACCGGCGGAAGAUCAUGCUGGCGCUGCCCAGUGUCCGCCAGAUCGACGCUACCUUCAUCCGCUUCUAAACUGCAGUGUAAUUCACCUGCUGAUUCACAGUGUUUUUCCCUCACCCCACUGCCUGCCCGUCUCACAAAACAAACUUAAUUUUGAAACACGCUGGCCUCACAGAAUCAUAUCGUCACUUCAUACAGAAACACACAUUCCAGCAUUCAACAUCACCCACGGCUCACGCAACAUACAUGUAUGCAUGUAUGCACUCACUCCCACCUUGAUCUAUGCUAUUGUGUAAAAGCUUAUUUAUUUAUUAAGCUGGAUACAAACUGUGAAAAAGAUUUUACCCUAUGCCCAUUUCAUAAUUUUUACUCAUUUUACUUUUGUAGUUUUGCAUGUGGGAUGGUGGCAUUUUCCCUCAACACUUCAGGGCCCAUCAGGAAAUAAUUUUUUUUUGUAGUUUCAGUUUUGUUUCAUACAUCACGUUUUUGAGGUUGCACUGCUAUCAUUUGAGAGGAAAAUGAUGUAUUCUUACUGUUUGAGUAAUUCUGAUGAAAGUUAUGGUACACAGUUAGUAAAAGAAGAAUGAAACAUUAAAGGGAAAUUCAAUAGUAAAAUAUAAUUUACACAUUUUAAUCCUCAGAAUACUGCUUAUCUUAUCUUUUGGUUUUCUUUAAGCUUCAAGAUUUUCUGAACAAGUAACUGAAUGUUACAAACAAAAAAUAAAUCAAAUGAAGAAACCUACAAUGACACAACGCAAACUUGUGUCUGUCUGCAACUGAUGAAUCAUUUCAAAAUAAACUGCUAUCAUUACUAAUGAGGGGCAAAUCUUGAUGUCCAGCAA